UCUUGCUUGGACUUGAACAACAGGGCUGAAUAUUCCGGAUCAAUGGUGAAAAGGAAUACAUAGACUGUCAAUCAGCAUCUUCCACACAUUCCUCGAGCUCUUCCACGCGAAAACAGCGAAAACAAGGCCAAGAUGACUACCAACAUCGCCUUGGAAACCACCAUGGGCACUAUAGUUGUCGAACUCUACCAUGAACACGCCCCUAAGACCUGCAAGAAUUUCCAGACGCUCACCGAGAGGGGAUACUACGACACGCUGCUCUUCCACCGCAUAAUCCCGAACUUCAUGGUGCAGACGGGCGAUCCAACGGGGACCGGGCGCGGUGGGACGAGCAUCUACGGCGAGAAGUUCGAGGACGAGAUCCACCCGGCGCUCAAACACACUGGCGCGGGAAUCCUGAGCAUGGCGAACGCGGGGCCGAAUACCAACGGGAGUCAGUUCUUCAUCACGCUGGCGCCGACGCCGUGGCUGGACGGGAAGCAUACAAUCUUUGGACGGGUGACGAGAGGUAUGGGCGUCGUUAAGAGGAUGGGGUUGGUGAAGACGGGCGCGGACGAUAGGCCGGUUGAGGAGGUGAGGAUUUUAAGGGCGAGGAUAUUGGAAGGAGAGGAGAAUUGAGGGCUAGUCGGUGGGCUGGUGGGAGUGCAUAGCAUGGCGUUGGGGUUUGAAAUCAUAUUUGUGGUACGGAGUUUCUUACGAGAGCCUGGAGGCUUUUUCGCUGAAAGAAAGCAGUGGUUCAUGAUGGAGUGGCUUUUCGAAUUCUCCUUUCCAAGUAUGGGUCGAUCUGGGAGCUUCUUGCACUCAUGCUUUUGCGUCUGGUCUUCAAUGUGCGUCGGAAUUAUUUUUUCUGUCUCUUUAAUCGAAUCCCUAGCCUCACCAUUGUUGUCGAAGGGAGAAUCAAGUAGCCUCUUCUUUCUGCGGGAGGGAAUAUCAGACUUUUUCUCCACAUUCCUAUUGUGGAGGUACGCUGCCAAACAAUCAGAAAGGGAUGUCAAAUGCCGGGUGUAGUCUAGAACAAGUGUCAAUUCAGGGAAACUUACUCGUCACAGAUGGACACGUUGGCAUGUUGCUACCACAAUUAGGAAG